AUGGCAGCGCGAGCAACGGUGGGUUCCCAAACGUGGCUUUGGUCCUUACGAAAAUCCGACGUGAUUGAGGAAUUGAAGAAGUACAACGUGUCAGUCGAAUCAAGGGCGACAUUAUCGGAGUUACGGAUCUUACUGAGAGCCCAGCUAAAUAAAUCCAAGAUCGCGAACGCGGGACGAGAGGGAAUAUACGACCAACUGUUGAGUGAUCUCGAUCGGUCCGAGAUAGAAUUAGAUGAUACUGAGGAAGGGAUCGAGUCAGAGGAGGAACAACGGUCGCUAGACGAUAAUCAGUCUCAAGGGGACGCUCAAGCAAAAGCAACCCGCGAACAAGAAGCUAGAGAAGCUGAGUUACGUCGGCAAGUCGAGGGCGAAGUUCGGGCGGAGAUGGAAAAACAGGAAAGAGAGAGGUUGGAGUGCGAAGAGCGAGAAAGGCGCCGAGUUGAACGCGAAAAACGUGAACUCGAGGAAUUAAGAGCACGGGAACAAGAGGUACGAGAGAGAGAAGCACGCGAGCAAAGAGAAAGAGAGGAACUUGAGGCCCGAGAACGAGAGAUGAGAGUACGGGAAGAGCAGGAAAGACGUGGACGUGAGGAACGCGCUGAGAGAGAAAGAAUGAUGCGUGAAACACGCGAGCGGGAAGAACAAGAACUACGAGAAAGACUAAGACGUGAGAUUAGGGAACAAGUAAGGCAAGAGAUAGACGCAAGAAGGGUACAGGAGGUACGAGAGAGACCGGCACCAGAUCAAGAAGAACAGGAAAGACGGGAGCGAGAACUGCGAGUAGAGCGAGAAAGACGCGAGCGCGAGCAAAGGGAACGAGAGGACCGUGAGAUACGAGAACGCUUGAGACGAGAAAUCACAGAACAAAUUCGACGGGAAAUAGAAUUAGAAAGACAAGCCAAUCAGGCAGCAUUGAAUCCGGGCCCGAUUUAUCCAGCGGCAGUGCCAAGAGAGACCGACGAAUUCCGAUCGAGAGACGUGGUACGCAAGUGGGGCGUUACCUUCAACGGCGAGCGCGAUGUUUUAGAUUUCAUCGAGCGUAUCGACGAGUUGACUGAAAGUUACGGGUUCCAGAAGGACAAACUAGUCCACUGCAUUCCCAUGCUUCUCCGCGAUAAAGCCAUACACUGGUAUCGAAACAAUAAGAGGGACUGGAUAUCGUGGGAAGACUUUACAUCGGAUUUAAAAUCUUUCUUCUUAUCCCCGGGCCGGGAGAUCGAACUCGAAGAACAAAUUCGGAACCGGGUGCAGAGAGAGACGGAGAUAGCAAAAGAGUAUGCGACAAGCUUGCAGACCGUGAUGCGUCGACACGGUCAGAUGACUUCCCAGGCCAAGUUAGCGCGAUUGUACCAAAAUUUAAGACCUGAAUACCGUCGGUAUAUCAAGCGAACCGAGUUCACCAACGUUCCAGAACUGUUGCAACUGGCAGGCGAGUUCGAGCAGCUCGUGGCUCAAGAAAGCGGGCAAUCACCGUCGAGUAGCAAGCCAGCAGCGGGGAAGACUAACACCGGAAAGCCGGCUACAGGAAAAACUACGAAACCAGGCGCGGCGUUAGAAAUUUUUGAGUACGAUUGGAGAGAACAUUGUUGGCGCUGUCGGCAGAAAGGCCACCGACAACCCCAAUGCACGAACCCACGAGUGAAAUUUUGCUCGCGGUGCGGUAAAAUGGGCACGUGGACCCGUGAUUGCUGCCCGUGGCAGGGAAACGCCGCGAGGGUCGACACCAGCUCCCAGAGUCGACCCGGGGACCGUCAAGACUUACGAACAUCGGGAGCCGAGACUCAGACAAACAAGAGGGGCAACACCGUGACGACGGCUGCGUCGGAGCCCGGCAGCAGUACAACCCCUCGACAGUAA